AUGCGAAGAUUCGUUUGUAUUGUUCUCCUAUUGUUCUUGAAAAUACGAGUCAAAGGAAUCAACGCGAGUUCAAUUAAUGAACCAUGCACUUUUUCGUUAACGAAGUAUCAAUACACAUCCAAAGCAACCUUUCAAUAUGUUCCAACGACUAUUAUCGAUCAAACGGUCUUGAACGUUGCCGCUGAUGUCUUUUAUUACCAACCUAAACCACCUUGUAAUCAAUCAUUUGUUGAAUUAUACAAUGUCACGGUUCAUCCACUGGAAGAAAUUGACAUUCAGACAGACAGAAAUCAACUUGAACAUGCUAUUCUGCAAAUAUUUCAUCGCACAAUGUAUUCAUUGGAAAAUAGUGCAAAUGAGAAGAUUUUUGUCGAAGAUUAUCAAAAUAAUACAAAACUAUACCGCCGAAUACAAACAACUCAAACAAAUCGUGGACGGUUUAUGGGCAAUUCAAUAUUUACCAAUUAUCUUUUGAAUAAACUCUUCUCUCCAACGACAACCACUUGCGAAGCAACGAUAGAUAUCAACGAACAGAAGCUGGAAACCAGUAUCUGUCGAUCGAAAACAGCGAGUUUGUUGACCAUUGAAAGACAAAUUCGAUAUCAUAGUCUAAUCGAUCAUCGAAAAUUAUUUACACAAGAUAAAGAAAUAUUGACUUCCGAAUCGGAAAAGAAAACUAAGAAUGAUUUUGAUCGAUUACUGAAAGAGAUGUGUGCAAAUAAUGGUGAAAAUUUGCAUUCGGAACUGUUUACAAUGCUCAAUAAUGAUUUACACGAUGUCGAUUUACAGCAAAUUCUCUCUGAAAAUAUCGAUCAAUACUCCAACUGUGAAUGGAAAUGGAUCCAUCGAAAUAUAAUUGACGUUACUCGUUACCCGGCAACAGAAUAUAUUCUCAAACAUUUUCAGCAUGAUCCAAAAAUCGUUAUGCAGCAUUUGGAGUUUGUUGAGCGUCAACCCACAGAAUAUAUUCAAGAUAGUUUAAGAAAAUUUCUGAAUUCUUCUUCUCACAUGAUGGACUUUCUUACACUUCGAAUGUUAAUCAUUAUCUCGAAUGAUAAUCUAACAAUGGAAUAUGCAUUGAAUCGUAACAAUAGUUUGAAUUAUCGUCUGAUUGCCUUUCGAACUCUUAAUAAUCCGAACGAUUUCUACAGUGAAUUUCGAACAUUACUAUACGACGAACAAGAAUCUUCUGACAUACGUAUCGUCGCUUUCCAAAUCAUUCAUUCCUAUCUGAAUUCAACAGAACUAUCGAAUCUAAUCGAAACGAUUCAAUCCAAGCAAUUACAUUUGUAUAUCAAGUCUUUCGAUAAACAGAGCUCGAUCUGGUCAUCGCAGUCCGGUUCAUAUGUCUUUCCGUUUGGUAAAAUUCAUUGUCUUUUCUCCGAAAAGAUUUCCACAUUUAUACCAAACUCAAUUCAAUUGGAAUUAGCAAAUCAAACAGAAAUUGAUCUCUAUUUUGAAAAAGAGAUUCUACUAGUAUUUGGAAGAAAAUCAAUCAUUCGUUUUUCGACUAUGGAUGAUCUGUUCAAAUGGCUGAAUGCCGAUCGAUUAUUUGAAAUUGAAACACUGGACGGAUUUCGUUUGAAAAUACAUUUCAAAACGGAUUUCAAUCUCAAUUGGCUACUGGGCUAUUUUGAUCAGUUGAAAAAUUUCUUCAAAAAAUCAAGUGCUGGUAUUGUCUUCAAAAUCAAUCAUGGAUUGCAGCAUAUCAUGACUGGCUACGAGAUACGUUUUAAUCUUGAAUCCAACUUUCGUAUCCACGUUCACCAACACGACAACUCCACUUCAUACAUUUGGCGUUCGAUUCAAAAAGAAAAUGUUCUCUUCAAAAUACAACAAUCGAUCAGCUCACUAAUUCAUAACAAACAAAUUCUGUCAAGAACUAGUUCACUCCCAUCAUUCAAAGACUUUUGCUAUAUACUCCCACAUUUUGAUUCCAAAAUUUGCCUGUCAAUUUUUUUCCAUCGCCUAUGGCCUUCUUCGAUCGCAAUACGUCUACUUUCGGAUGAUUCAUCACUUGUCUAUAAUCUAACAUCUUCAUCCCAUUCCGUUCAUUUUCAUAUCCAACAGCACGAACACAUCUAUAAAUCGUAUCAUCUCCAACGAAAGUUUCAUAAAUUUGCAUGGAUGCCAUACUAUCUCGAAUUUUCUACACCAACAACAAAGUAUGCAUCGUCAAUUGAAUGGCAUGAUAAUCAUAUAAUGUCAUUUAAUAUUUCCUACAAUAAUCGAUCGAUUGUGAAUGGUUCAGGCGAGUAUUCUCAUGAUUUGUCCCCGAAUCUUUCGAUUAAUAUAACGAAUGUUCAUCCGAAACACAUCGGCAAUGUUUCUAUACAUUAUAAUGGAAAUCUCAGUAUCAAUGCAUCGAAAUUUCUCAGCGGACAGUUGAUAAUGGAAUUGGAGCGUCUGACCGAUUGGUAUCAUGCUCGAAUGAAUAUGAAAAUCGAACGUGUAUUUUUCUUUUUUAAACAAGAUUUUCUCUUAAACUUCUACUAUGAUUUUUAUCGAUCAUCAUUCAACUUUUCAGCGAUAAGAAACGAGAAUAGUCAAUUUCAAUGGAUAUUUAUGAAAGGAGAAUCUUAUCUGCAUCAUUCAUUGGUGAUGAACUCAUCUCUACUCGAAUUUGAUCACAAUACUCAGAUUCAUUAUAAUAACUUAUCCCAUAUUAAUUUUCACUCCACUUCAUUGGUAAACGGCUGGUCUCUUUGCGAUAUUUCCUUUCAUAUGCACCGUUUGACAAGAAUUCAUGCGUAUUUCAAUGGGUAUUCCUUUCAUUCAUCGAUGAUACAUCGUACAAUCGAAAUGCGAAUGUCCUAUGCAUCCGAAAAGCUUCUACACACUUACUUUCAUCUGAAUCAAUCGGAUUUCGUUACAUUUAUCUUCGAAAUACCUGGUUACCAUUACGAAGGCCAAGGACAGUUAUCUGCUCAGUACACCAAUUUCUCACUGAACUUACCAGUCGUUGAAACUGUUCUUGGUACAACAAAGAAAUAUUCUAAUCUUCAACUCGAAUUCAUUUCUUUACCAAACAAUCUUCUACUUAACGUCACAUCCUGCUUUCGUAAUGAAUACUCGUUUGAUUUGAUUCUGAACUUCACAUUUCGAUCGAAUUAUCUGUUUCAAACAUAUAUUAACCAAUCGUUGAAAAUGAUUCAUUACCAAAUGUUCUCUCUUCAAUCAUCUAGUCAAUACUAUCCGAACUCAACUGUUCUUCAAUCUUGGAAUAGUUCGAUCCAUAUACCAUCGAUGUUUGCCACAAAACCAUUUGUAUUCUUUUACGAAAGAGACCGUCAGCUAUUCAUCCAGCUAUUCGAAUGGACAAAUCUAACACGAACGUCAAUUAAUUAUCAUAUUUCGACUUUCUCGGGCCUUCAAAUAUUUUUCAUAAAUGACUUUCCAACGCGUAUUCAUAUGCGUAUUGAACAGAACUUCUUAGGUAAAUCCUAUGUGACACUAUUUGAACUCGAUCGAAACUGGAUGAUGUCACUGAUAAUCAACAAGAAUAUUCGGUACGAGCUCGUCUCCUCGCCGUUGAACUCGACGUUUUUGCUAAAGCGAAUUUAUUUAAAGACAAAUCAAACACAAAUUUUACCGAUCCAUUAUCACACAGAUAAUCAAACAUUGAUACGAAUUGAGAUUGCGUUUUCAAAAUUCAUUUCCAAAUUUCUCAAUGAUUUUAUAUUUGAUAUUUCAUUGAAAGAUCACAGAUUGAAGGUCCUAUGUCAUAUUCCACUAUUCAAACGAGAAUUUUUCUCAUUGGUAUGGACUCGACAUGUUCAAAAGGAACUAUUUCAUUUCCAAGGAUUAGUUCAAAUGACAUUUCUACGGCGACGGCGUUACUUUGACUUUGAUUACAAUUGGAACCUCGCAUCCAUUCGUUUUUGGACAUUCGACUCACACUUGCUUCUAUUCUCUUUCGAACCUAUCCAAUGGAACUUAAAUAUAACGAACGACUAUCUAUGGUUCGGGAAAUGGGCAGUCGAUUUUCGAAUGAUGUUAGGCCGUCGUCGUGAGUUAAUUCGGCUUCAUCACGAAUAUUAUUAUACGACGAAACAGUCGAAUUUAAUCUUCGAUCUUUAUCUUAUCAAUUCACAUUAUGACUUAGAUUUAAAUUAUAAUCAUUCGAAUCAUCUUAUUCAAGGUUUGUUCAUCAAUAAUCGAGAUCAAUACGAUAUUCACGGCUUUUGGAAUACUUCGGCAAACGUUCUCCAUCUAAACACACUACAUAUGAAAUCUACGACGAUUAUCACAUCGACCUUUGUGAAAUCAGUCGUUGAUAAACAGAACGAAAAGUUCGGAUUCAUAUUUGAACGGACGACAAAUCUAUUUACAAUCGAUGAUCAGAUCUUACAGUGCAAUCCAUAUUUAAUCAUCCAAAUCCGUCCUCGUCUAUUCUCUAUACAAUAUUACACUUUGAACGACGGCCUAUCUACGAUGAUGUUUGAAUGGUUGUCACGUUCGUAUCUGUCUUGGAACUAUACAGGCCAUGGACGAAUGUUAAUCCCUGUAACUAAAUUCGAGAUGGACCUUCGCAGAAAAUACAUAUUUCAUCUUGAUACAACAACUUUUAAAUAUUCCUCGAUCUAUGACAAUCAAAGACGACAACUAAUCAUUCGUCGAUUACCACAUGGAGAAGAUGCGGAUGAUCGUUACGAAUGUAAACUACGCUACUAUCCAAACCGAACGAUUUCAGCUCAUCUUCAAGUCAUUCAUAAUCAUUACCGAAUCAUUGGAAAGCCAAGUAUGAAUGGAACAUAUUGGAAUCUUGAAGGAUAUUUUCGACACGAUCGAUUCAAUGGUUCGCUCAUAUUUCCAAAUGAUGAUUGGUAUUUCUCAUCGAGAUUAAACUUUAAUUCUUCGUUGUACAUUUCAACGGGAAGAUACGUGCAGUUUUAUCCGACAACCAAUCCUCAAAUCGCUUUGGAAAUUCUUCACAAAUCUCGGCUCCAUUUCGUAUUUCAAUACGCAGGCGUACGAUCGCUCACUGCUUUCAAGUUAUUUCGAAAUUCUUCCAAUCUGGACAUCUCAUUUUCUUCAAAACUGCUCAAUCAAACAACAUAUCAUAUAACAUUUCAAUUUAAUCAAGUUAUUAAUCAAACCUGGCAUCUCUCGCUCGAAAACCAUCGUUUUUAUCUGUACAACCACAAUUCAGAAUUCGUGUUCAACGGUUCCCUACAAGAUUUUACUUUUCAGCAUGAGCUCGAUCACAAAAAGAACUUUUUCUCUCUCAACGAUAAUACUAUUCAAUAUCACACACAUCGGUUCGGUAUCGUCAUUGCAAACCUUUCGUCAGAUACUACGCGAUAUCUACAUCUGUACGAUUCACAACGAAAAGAGAACUUCACGUUUAAUUACUACAAAUCGGGAAGAUUCUAUUACGAAAAUCGAAAUAUUCAAACGCCAAUCUAUGACCUUAACCUGAUCUAUCAUCCAAAUACAGAUGAAAAUCGUUAUGUGAAAAUUUUUCUGGAAUUCCUACCUUUACAAAUGUCAUCGUUUAAUCUGGUUCGUGGUCGAUCAUUUCGUAUAGGCUAUCAAACUCCUAAGAAACAGUUAAUUCUCGUUGGAAAUUUAGCAUUUACUAUCGAAGAUAUCGAUAAUCAAGAGAAAAUCAGAAUGGACGAGCGCUGGAAACUAAUCUAUGGAUAUGAGAAAUCUGAGCGAGUGUUUAUCAAGUGGAAUGUCAAAAUUGAUACGAAACAAAAGAAUUUACAAGGAAAAAUGAGUGUCCAGGACCCGAAUGGUGUCUUAUCAACACCGAUUUACAGUGUUAUUCAAGGUCGAUUAGAAGAUUCGAAGUUUAUUGCUAGAGUACACACAAUUUAUGCAUCAGCAGAAAGUCAAUCUAAACCUAUCGUACUUGAACUGAACAUCGAUCAACAAAUUUUAACUCAACAAGUCGUGUCGGUUAAAUUAACUCAUGUGUUCUCAAAAACAAAUCUCAGCUUCACAUUGGAUCAUCAUCCCCGACGAAAACUUUGCAUUCGUUUGAAACCGAAUGUUUACUCCAAUGAAAAAACAUUGAUGCAUCUCUAUGCCAACACUAGCGAAUCGCAAAUACACCUCCUUCUACUCCUUGCAGAUGAAAUUAACUUAAAUUUGACUUUGCCGAAAUCGUAUCCUGAAACGGGCUUGUUGCAUUCAACAGUAUUCAUUGAUAAUGAAGAGUACUUCGAUGGCCGACUUGAUACAACAGCUUUACGACUACGGUCAAAAGAGUAUUUGUUCAAUUUAACAACAAAUCAAUUGUUUCUACAGAAAAACUCUCCUCAACAAGUUUUAGCAUCGAUUCUCACAAGAUGGAUCGAUCGAAAUUCGUCAACAGCAUUGAUUACUAUUUCCAGUCGAACAGAUUAUCAAUUAAAAUUGAUUCCAAUGUGGCAAACGACUGAACAAAAAACUUGGUACAAACGUUUGAGACAAUUCUUCUUGGAAAACCAAUUCGCUUUCGAGUUCAUCGAUGAUGUGCGGAAUUUUUUCAAUCAUACACAAACAGAUUUUAUCAAUGAUCAAGGACAAUUCGGCCAGGAUUUGAUCGAACAUCUCAAGUUCGAUGAGGAUCUCAAUGUAUUCUUCGAAGAAGUGACAAAAGCAAAACACUUCGUUCUGGAAGUAGUCGAUCAAGUCGGUUUUGCAAGUGAAAAGCUGCUUCAAGACUAUAUGAACAACCUUACGUGCUUGACAAAUCAUCAAAAUUUGUUACAUCUUAACAUUACUCAAUUGACAACAUUAGCCAUCGACACAUUUGUCUACGAAAUCGUUCGUCAUGUUAACAAAUCUUUGACAAUGUUCGAUCAUUUCACACACUACCCACGUUCAAUGAGUGCUAUUCUGUCCUACCUAAGCAAUGAAUUGAUUCUUCAUACCUACAAAAUAUUCAAGAAUUUCUACUUAGAAACGAAACAAUUUUUCCUCUCGAAACUAAUUCGAUACUUACACGAUAUGGAUUUCGUGCUGAAACUCUCACCUGUGCUGUUCGAAUCAAUAACAUUUCUUUCGUCGAAUGAUAUUCAAAUCGGUGUGCACUUUUUGACUAGUCGUUUACGUCGACUCUUUGCAACAUGGUUAGAAUCACCGGUCGAAUACAAAAUUAUGGAAACAUGUGCGAAACAAUUGAUUGAAUUGAUCGAUAAAAUCCGCUUUUAUAUCGAUGAUAAACUAGAUUUUCUCCUGCCAACUUUACAAAUAGCUACACCACGUCUAUGGGCCAAUGGAAACAAUAACCAAACAUUUUUAUUAACUUGGUUAAAGCAAUACAAUGUAACGAAUAUAAUUGAUAAACAAUAA